AUGCACGCUCCGCGGAAAUAUGGCGGGGUCGUUAUGGAGGUUCUGCUGCAGGAGGUGGAGUACAAGCUGUACGACCUCGCCUUUGACUGAAACUCUGCGGUGUUUCAGCGGCAGGCCCACGUCUUCCUCGACGGGCUCUUUGGGCCGGGUGUCCGGGAGCUCCGGACCGGGAAACGAGAGACCAUCUGUACAGGCCCACUCCAAAGCUCUUCACCUAAACUCCUCUGUAAUCAGACGCAGUUCUCAGUUGCUGUAUCCCACGUUACAGUGUUGCGCUUGCAGAGCGACCCACAGCGACGCAAAGCUCAAAGACCCCUUCACAUUAGCUCAGAAAGACCUGAUAAGUUUAUAUGACGACAUCAAAAAGGAAAUGUUCGUCUCUACAAAAGAACUGAAGCAUCUGUGUGAUUAUUAUUUUGACGGCAAAGGCAAAGCUAUCCGACCAAUCAUCGUCAUCCUGAUGUCCCGGGCCCUUAACAUCCACAGCAACAAAGCUGGAGAAGUGCUCCCGGGGCAAAGGACAAUAGCCAUGAUUUCGGAGAUGAUUCACACUGCCAGCUUGGUGCACGAUGAUGUAAUAGAUGGAUCAGACGAGCGAAGGGGGAAGAGAUCCAUCAACGAUGUGUGGGGGCAAAAAAAGGCUAUUUUGGCUGGAGAUUUCAUCCUCUCAGCUGCCACGAUGGCCUUGGCUCGGCUCGGUAACAGCGCAGUGGUGAAAGUGCUUUCCCAAGCAAUAGAAGACUUAGUGCGAGGUGAAUUCAUGCAGCUUGGCUCCAAAGAGAACGAGAACGAGCGCUUCAAACACUACCUAGAGAAAACCUUCAAGAAGACGGCGAGUCUCAUGGCGCACAGUUGUAAAGCAGUGUCCAUGCUGGUGAACUCGGACCCGGAAGUUCAUGAAAUAGCCUACCAGUAUGGGAAAAAUGUCGGCAUCGCCUUUCAGCUAGUAGAUGAUGUUUUGGACUUCACAUCAGGAGCUGGUCAGCUGGGGAAACCCACAGCUGCUGAUCUAAAACUAGGUUUGGCCACAGGACCGGUUCUGUUUGCUUGUCAACAGUUUCCCGAGCUUCAUGCAAUGAUCAUGAGACGUUUCAGCUCCAGAGGAGAUGUAGAUCGAGCCUGGCAGUACGUCCUUCAGAGUGACGGUGUGCAGCAGACCACCUUCUUGGCCCAGCGCUACUGCGAAGAAGCGAUCAGACAGAUCAGCUUUCUGCAGCCGUCUCCUGAGAGGGACGCCCUCAUCAGGCUCACACAGAUCGUGCUCAGCAGAAACAAAUAAACCUCCACUGCCCGCCUUCUCCUCAGGCAGCUACUCCUGGAAAAGCGACUUGCCCUGUGACACAKGAACAGACCAGGGUGGAACAAACAUAUUCAAGUGUUGCUUCUGUUUAUAAAGAUGCCUGGUGCUGGCUUUAGUGCCACUAUGAUGAAUUGGGUCUUUCUGAACUUUAAUGUAAUGCAUACUUUGUCUUGUCGUGUAAAUUAGUUUUCAGUUUCUAAAUUGAAUCAAGGUCACGGUUUGAUGUCAAUGAACAUCUUAAAGAAAGAAAAGGCACUGAAAACGUCACCGUGAACCUUUACRUCAUGCAGUACUGUAACCGUAACCACCUCCCACGUCUCAGAUCAGCCAGCUGUGAGCACAAGYUAGUUCUGAGCUGAGGAGCUGUUGCGAAAUCUGUAAUUCCAAGUGAGACUGAAGCGCAAGACUUCGUCUGGAUGUGAUGUCCUCAGAGAUCCGUCCACCUGUCAAAAAUGCCAAACAGUCAUGUGUUUUUCCACUUUGAGGUUAUUUAAAGUGUCUUGUAACAACAAAGGCCUUAACACCUUCAAUGACUGUGUGCUCAAUAAAAAACAAAUGCUAAAUGUUUAUUUAAAUAAUGGCUUUGCUUCUUUAAUUCCUAAAUAAUGACACAUUGUACGUAGAUUUGUUUAUUAUAAAAGACUGUACAUUAAAUUCCCAAUCAACAUAUUGUAUAUACAAAUAAUGAGCAGAGGGAGGCGAAUAUCUUUACUACUCAUGAAAUUGAGCAAAUUUUUGGGAGAAUAAAAGUAACAGGGGGACAAAAAAAAAUCAAUGUAUCAGCUGCGAUUUCCUGAAACGGGAUCACUGCAGGCAAUCCAAAUGUUGGGUACACGUCCAACAGCCAACACAAGAAUGAAAUACCUUGUUAUAAAGGUGGUUCCUGAGUGACACCAUUACCUGGCUGAUUCUACUUGAGUCACUGUAAAACACAACAUGAUCAUUGUUGCUUUAAGACGGAGGUAAUAAGUCGUUUGUUGGUCUGCAGUACUACAUCUGAUUUGUCACUCGGCAGGAAGUCCAGUCGGAGCUAAAGCUACUGUGUGASUUAGCUUAGGGUAAAAUAUCAGUUGGUGUCUAAUAUUCAGCCUCAAUUUUCUUCUUUUUUWAAAAUAUAAAUUAGCAUCACAUCUGUAACUGCAAAAAUAAAAGACCUCCGACUGCAUAAACAUGUUAAAUUUUAAUCAAAGAUCAAAGGAAAGACAAAGCAGCUAUCAGGGUUUUAAAUCCAGAUGUAUAGUACUGUGCAAAAGUUUUAAUCCGCCCCUUAAUUUUGCUUUUAAAUAGUUUCUUGAAGUCUUUUAAAGUGGUCUUGAUAGAAAGAUCUUCAAGCUCUUUAAAGGGCUUUGAUAGUUUUACGUAAGUGUUUUUCGUUUUAAUUUAUUUUCACUGUGAUGGACUUGUAAUCUGCCCAGGGUGUCCCCUAACCCUUUUGGAGUUUGAUUCAGAAAACCAAUAAAAUUCUCUAAAACUUGUCAGGUACUGGAUUUAAAAUGAAAAUAAAAUAAACAACGAGCCAAACAAAAACUCUGAAACACCUUCAUAAACAAUCGAUCCAGAACACUUAAAAAAAUGUAAAGAAAGAUGACUCAAGACUUUUGCACAAUACUAAAAGUUACCAGAGUACGUAAAAUAAAAAUGUAAGCAAUAGUUAAAAAAUAUUUUAAAACUAAAUGCUGAAAAGCCUCUCAGGCUAAAUGACCUUAUGGUUUAAAAUUUUUCAAGAAUAAACAUUUAUGAUUUAAAAAUCUGCAAAACCAACAAAUUUGUGUCAAAAAUCAAGCUGUUAUGCAUUUGAAUUAACCUCAACUUUAAAGACAUUUGGGAUUAAGGUGAACAGCAAUCAUCAGUAAUUGAUCCUGAACGGGUCAGUGUCAGAGCAAUUAAGGCGUGGGAACUAGGGGAGCCGAGGUUGCUACAGCAUCACCUGGUGGAUGAUGACAUGUCAAAAAUGAARUAAUUUUAUGAAAGCAUGAGUAAACAAAUGAAAAUAAAUAAAUCCACCAGUGUCCUGUAGGUUUAUAUUUCAAUUAUAAUUUAAUAAUGUAUAAUUAAUGGGUGAAGUUAAAAUUCUAAUGGGUCAAAUCCUCAUUUAAACCACAACCUUUUCUCACUUCACAUGUUCUCACAGCAGCCCAGAUGUAAACACAUCCCCAAGGCUUAAUAAAAACUAAAAAAG